GAGCGUCCACCGCAGGUUGUCAAGCUGUUGACACUCAACCACCUAGGCCAACCGUCUUGCUGAGGAUUUUCCAUUUUUGCAACCUUCUUGAACCCAUUAUUUUCUCUUCCUCUCUGAGUUUGUUUCACCACCCCAAGUUUAUAUCAUUUUCUUUCUUCUCUUUUGGCUUCAUUACUCCCUUAUUUUUUGUUCUUCAAUCAGUUUAUAUUACCAAUCCCAGAUAUUUAGUGAUCGUCAUGGAUCCCUCGGAACUUCGACGUAUUUUUCAAAUGUUUGACCGCAAUGGCGACGGACGGAUCACGAAGAAGGAGCUGAGCGACUCGUUAGAGAACCUGGGCAUCUUCAUUGCAGAAACAGAUAUGAUCCAAAUGAUCGAGAAGAUAGACGUGAAUGGCGACGGGUACGUGGAUAUCGACGAGUUCGGAGCAUUGUACGAGACGAUAAUGGGCGACAGGGACGAGGAUGAGGACAUGAAGGAAGCGUUCAACGUGUUCGACCAGAACGGAGACGGGUAUAUAACGGAGGAGGAGCUGAGAUCGGUGCUGGCUUCAUUGGGGCUGAAGCAAGGGAGAACCAUAGAAGAAUGCAGGAGGAUGAUCGAGAAGGUGGAUAUUGAUGGAGAUGGGAGGGUCAACUUCAAGGAGUUUAAGCAGAUGAUGAAAGGUGGUGGCUUUGCUGCCCUUACUUAAAAAGAUCAUCAUGUAGAGGCUUUUCUUUUUUCCUUUUGAUUUGAGAAAUAUACAGAGAUUGAAGAAGUACUAGGUACGAAGAGGAGGAACCUUAAUGAUUCUUCUUCUCUUGGAGUCCUCUUGUAUUAUUUUUCUGAAAGAAAAGAAUACAACAUGCUUCUUCUUUCUUCUUGGGUGCCAUUUAACCAGAUUAUAUAGAAAAAAAAGAUACAAACUUUCGUGUGAUUUUGAUUUUUUUUUAAAAUCAUGCUAAGCAAAUUAAUGUAAAGUUACAAAAAAGAGGAUAAAUUCGGUUAAAAGUAAACAAGUGGAAUCUUAUAUUUAUUUCGGCAUGAAAAUCAGGUUAACUAGAGAUUGGAAUGUUCUAUAAUUUCUAAAUUUAAAUAUUUUUCAUAAUCUAAAAAAUAUUUGUAAAUUCAACGUAAUUAAAUGCCAAUACUGUAUCGAUAAUAGGCAUUAUUUGUGAAAUCUGAAAGAUGGACAUUCAGAGAUGAAGAGGGAGGCUACUUG